GGCAAUCCAAAUUUGAUGUUGCCUGAUAGUUGCGUACAAUUAAAAAUGUCAAAAGAUUUGCAGCUAGCUGAAGCCGCCGAAGCAAAUUGCUCCAAUAAAUAUGUUUUGGGCUGCCAGGGUUUGACGACGCCACCUCCCUCGUGUUUCAGCCCUUCAUGUACUGUUUUGAGUUGCAACAAAAAGAUGACAUAUUUCACAAAAACGGUUGACAAUGUCACCAUGGUUCUGGCCAAUCCACAAUUCCAUGGAACUUGGCACUCUAUCAAUGGCAGAAUUUACGUUUUUAGUUUCAAUGCAUCAACUUGGCAAGACGCUAAUCUGGCUUGUUGCUCCAUUGGAAUGAAACUGCUGAGCUUAGACUUUGACUAUGAAUAUAAUAAUUUGCUACAAGCUCUGAAAACUAUAUCAAUGCACAAUGCAACAACCGAGCCAGGGGAGUUUUGGACUUCCGGCUCUGAUGUUGGCUGCGAGUCGAGCUUCGGUUGGUGCGCGGUGAACAAACUGGUCCGAAGUACAAACUGGGCGCCGCAGCAACCGAGCGAUAAAAACAAAUCUGAAAAUUGCAUUUCCAUUGCGAUCAACCAAAAUUCUGCUCUUUUAUCUGAUGAUGCUUGCGACAGAAAAAUGAGAUACAUUUGCGAGUCAAGAGACACAACUAAAUCAUCACGAAGCUCGCAAGCAAUAGUUGAUGAAUGUGGAGCAGUCUAUAACGUUACAAGAAUUGAGGCAGAGAACGUUUUGACUUUGAGUGCAGAAUACACAACAAAAAUUAAGUGCUAUUUGAAAUGCGUCGGGGAGCACAGUGGAUUUAUGUUGAAUGGCAAAGUUGUUGACGAGAAUAUGCUAAUGAUGGCUGAACUUCUUUCCCCCAAGUCACAACCAGCAAAAUUGCAGGACAAUCUUGAGGCUGUGGACUCUUGCUCAUCUAUCAAGGGCAUGGAUGAAUGUGAUACUGCUGCGCUUGUCUUUCAGUGUGGACAAGAAAAAGCGCCAGACUUUGUGUCCGACAUAAUUACUUCAGUCGAGCGCAAUUCCUCUGCCGAAAAGUCGCCUUUAAAUGUUACUGUGGCUUUAUGCGCCUCAUACGGUUGUUCAUUGAAUCCAACGAGGCGCACAAUGGAGUACGAAAAUGCAACUGUUCUAUCUGCAUCAGCUAAUGGCGGAAAAUUUUUCAAUGCUUGCAGUGGAAAGCGAUAUGCUGUAUUUUCAGCAAGUACCUUGUAUUCUCCCGCUGGUAGCUUGUGUUGCCAGUAUGGUCUUCAGAUAUUGACAUUGGAUACAAUUGCAAAGCAAAAUUGCUUCAGAGAUGGACUUCCUGAUGCAUAUCGAUCAGGGUCAUUCCACGCUCCUCUCAGCAGAAUGGGAGCGAGUAAUUACAGUUGGUGCACAUCCAGUAGGCAAUUUAUAAUGAGUGAUUUUGGCCAAAAUAAUGGCACCGAUUGGCAAAAUGCAUCAAACUAUCAAAUGUUGUACGACUUUACUGGUGUGCUAAAUGGCUCCCAGACGCGAGUCAAAUUGAGGCCAGCAAACCCAUCUGUCAAAUGCGGGGUUAUCUGUGAGCCCUAAAAAUGUUAC